UCGCCAAGGACCAGAGCACUCGGCAAGUCCUCUAUGCCCGAUUGCUUCAUGUUUCUUGAGUCUGCUUCACGCAUAUCACUCUUCACGAGCAGAGCAAACUUACGCCAACCGCUUCCACAAUGUCGUCCAAGCCCGGGUCUUCAUCCAAGCCCAAGGAGCCAUUCUGGCUUGGAGGUGCAGCCGCAUCCAUGGCCGUCUGCUUCACCCAUCCUCUAGACCAAACCAAAUAUCGCAUGCAAGUUCUUAAAUCAAGAGAACCCAUGUUUCGAGCUCUCCAGGGAUUCGCAGCACGAGAUGGAAUUCCUUCAUUGUGGACAGGCCUGUCAGCAUCCAUUCUUCGCCAAUCUACAUACUCGACGGCAAGAUUUGGCCUGUACAAUAUCAUUGCAGAGAGGGCAAAGCGAUAUUACAGGCAGGAGAAGCUGUCAAUGGCAGCCACCAUCACCUGUGCUGGACUGGCGGGUGGCCUUGCAGGUCUGGUCGGCAACCCAGCCGAGAUCGUCCUCGUCCGCAUGUGCGCCGACGGCGCCAAGCCUGUCGCGCAACGGUUUGCUUACUCCAACGGCGUCCAUGGUCUGUACCGUAUUGCACGCGAUGAGGGCCUUUCGACCUUUAGCCGGGGCGUCAGUGCAAACAUCACCCGAAGCGUGCUGAUGAAUGUCGGGCAAAUCGCAACAUACGCCACGGCGAAGCAGCAUCUCGUGGGGACAUUCGGGUUGAAGGACGACGUCGGCACACACACCCUCGCAUCACUGAGUGCCGGUACCGUGGCGACCACCAUCUGCGCGCCUGCCGAUGUCCUCAAGAGCAGAAUCCAGAGCGCGACAGCCUCGGGAGCUGAUGGUGGCAUUGUUCAGAUCAUCAAGACAAGUCUCCGCGAGGAAGGCCCUCGAUUCCUCAUGAGGGGCUGGCUUCCGGCUUGGUUGCGUCUCACACCACACACCGUGCUCACGUUUGUGUUCAUGGAGCAGUUGCGCAACCUGACGCAGUGGAAAAUGCCGGCAACAGAGGUCAUGAUCCCGGCUGGUACGCCUGUCGCGGUCAAGGCUGAGGCGCGAUGAUCGCAGGUGCAUAUACCCCGGAGCAACGACAUAUAUACCUC